AUGACUACCUCUAAAACUCAUGAUGUUGUUCAUGAAGCUAACAGCGUAAAUUUCCGUGGUACUCCAGAACAUUUCCUAAAAUCACAACCAAGACCUGGUUAUGUCACCAGUAUGGAACAGUACCGCGAGAUGUAUAGAGAAUCCAUCGAAAACCCAGAAGUUUUCUUCGACAAAAUGGCUAAGGAUUACUUACAUUGGGAAAAACCAUACACUAAAGUUUCCUCUGGUUCUUUGGACAAUGGUGAUAUUGCCUGGUUUUUAAAUGGUGAAUUGAAUGCUUCUUAUAACUGUGUUGAUAGACAUGCUUUUGCUAACCCAAAUAAGACUGCUUUAAUUUAUGAAGCUGAUGACGAAAGAGAAAAUAAAAUUAUUACAUUCGGUGAAUUAUUACAAGAAGUCUCUAAAGUUGCUGGUGUCUUGAAAAGAUGGGGUGUCAAGAAAGGUGACACUGUUGCAGUGUAUUUACCUAUGAUUCCAGCCGCUGUCAUUGCUAUGUUAGCUGUUGCUCGUUUAGGUGCCAUUCAUACAGUGGUCUUCGCUGGUUUCUCCGCAGGUUCUUUACAAGAACGUGUAGUUGAUGCUGGUUGUAAGGUCGUCAUUACUUGUGACGAAGGUAAAAGAGGUGGUAAAACUGUUAACACAAAGAAGAUCGUGGAUGAAGGUUUGAACGGUGUUCAACAAGUCUCUAAAAUAUUGGUUUUCCAAAGAACGGGCUCUGAAGAUAUUCCAAUGAAGGCUGGCAGAGAUUUCUGGUGGCACGAAGAAACAGAGAAACACAGUGGUUAUUUAGCUCCAGUUUCUUGUAACUCUGAAGAUCCAUUAUUUUUAUUAUAUACUUCUGGUUCUACCGGCGCUCCAAAAGGUGUUGUUCAUACCACUGGUGGUUACUUAUUAGGUGCCGCAUUGACUACAAGAUAUGUUUUCGAUAUACAUCCAGAAGAUGUUUUAUUCACUGCCGGUGAUGUCGGUUGGAUCACUGGUCACACAUACGCAUUAUAUGGUCCUUUGGCUUUGGGUACCGCAUCCAUCAUUUUUGAAUCUACCCCUGCAUACCCUGAUUAUGGUAGAUACUGGAGAAUUAUUGAAAGACAUAGAGCUACACAUUUCUACGUUGCCCCAACUGCCAUGAGAUUAAUCCAAAAAGUCGGUGAAGCUGAAAUUCCAAAAUAUGACACAUCUUCCUUACGUGUUCUAGGUUCAGUUGGUGAGCCAAUUGCUCCAGAAUUAUGGGAAUGGUAUCACGAUAAAAUUGGUAACAAAAACUGUGUUAUUUGUGACACCAUGUGGCAAACUGAAUCCGGUUCUCACUUAAUUGCACCAUUAGCUGGUGCGGUUCCAACCAAGCCAGGUUCCGCUACUGUCCCAUUCUUCGGUAUUAAUGCCUGUAUCAUUGAUCCAGUCACUGGUGUCGAAUUAAAGGGCAACGAUAUUGCCGGUGUUUUAGCAGUUAAAUCACCAUGGCCAUCUAUGGCAAGAUCUGUCUGGAAUGACCAUAGCAGAUACAUGGACACCUACUUGAAACCAUACCCAGGUUACUAUUUCACAGGUGAUGGUGCUGGUAAAGAUCAUGACGGUUACUACUGGAUCAGAGGUAGAGUUGAUGAUGUUGUAAAUGUCUCUGGUCACAGAUUAUCCACUGCUGAAAUUGAAGCUUCAUUAGACGGUAGUACAGUUGUUUCCGAAGCUGCCGUUGUUGGUAUCCAUGACGAUUUGACUGGUCAAGCUGUUGUUGCAUUUGUCUCUCUAAAAGAGGAUAUUGAAUUAUCUGAUAGCAUGCGUAAGACAUUGGUCAUGAAGGUUAGAGGUGAAAUUGGUCCUUUUGCUGCCCCAAAGACCGUCAUCCUAGUCAAAGAUUUACCAAAGACCAGAUCUGGUAAGAUCAUGAGAAGAGUUUUAAGAAAAAUUGCUUCUAAUGAAGCUGACCAACUUGGUGAUCUUUCCAGUAUGGCCAACCCAGAAAUUGUUCCAUCUUUAAUCGCAUCUGUAGAAACACAAUUCUUAGCUGUUAAGAAAUAA